UACCUGAUAUUAUCAGGUUGACUUGCUUCUUUCCUUUUGCUCUGAGAUGGGGUUUUCUUCAGUGGUGCUUGUUGGCCAUGAUGAUGGAGGUCUGCUUGCUUUGAAGGCUGCACAAAAAGUCCAAACCUCAAUGAAUUCAUUCAAUAUUACAAUCAAAGCAGUGGUUUUGCUAAAUGUUAGCUUGUCAAGAGAAGUUGUUCCCGCCUUUGCAAGGAUACUCUUGUGCACUUCACUCGGGAAGAAGAACUUAGUCCGUCCGCUUCUGCGAACAGACAUGACACAAGUGGUGAAUAGACGCGCAUGGUAUGAUGCAAUCAAGUUAACAACAGAAGUUUUGAGCUUCUACAAGGCCCCACUAUGUGUAGAAGGUUGGGACGAAGCACUUCAUGAGAUAGGCAGGUUGUCACAUGAAACAAUACUUUCACCCCAAGAUGCAACAUCGCUGUUAAAAGCUAUUGAAGAGAUGCCAGUAUUGGUGGUUGCUGGUGCUGAAGAUGCCCAUAUUUCGCUUAAAUCUUCGCAGGCCAUGGCUUCAAAACUUGUAAAUUCUAGACUGGUUGCAAUAUCCGGCUGCGGCCAUCUUCCGCAUGAGGAAUGCCCCAAGGCGUUACUUGCAGCCAUUUCACCUUUCAAAAGCAGAUUGCUACUCAAACCAGAAUAGCAUAGUUAGUUGGAUACUCUCUUUUUAUUUCU